AAUCGGAGCGACAAGGCGAUAGGCGACGAGAAAGCCAUCGGCAGUCUCCUCACUGGACUGCCGCGAUGACCUCGGCCUUGGCAGCGGGGACCAUGCUUGGGCCGCACUCGCGGUGGACUCUGUAGUCCCGGGGGGCAUUUUCUCCGCGACCCGAAUGACAAUAUCUUUUGGCGAAUCCUUCCGCUCGCGGAUAGGGCGUCGGAAUCAAGGCGCCAGAUCUUCCCAACUCAGUCGAGGAGAAACGCCCACACCGCCCCGGUCAUCGCGGCCGGCGAUCUCGAAAUAUUUCAGAGGCACGCGGCAGCGGCUUUCGCACUCGCAACUCCACACGUGCGCGUCUUACGUCGCGUACUUCACCGCACAUACAUCGCGGCGAAAGUGCGAAACUGAGGGAAGGACGUUUGACAACGGCGUGCGCUCAAAACGGUUCUCAAUCAAGGACGAAGAGUCGACGUCUACGACUUCUGCAGGAGGCCACAGUUCCCGAGCUGACUGGCUGUUUUCCUGAUUACUUCUGCCUCAACUGGCCGCCCCCGGCCGUGCACGGAACCCAAACUGACACGCAGCCGGACACCUCCAGUAGCCCCGCCCGCGUCCCCCACAUCCGAGGCGACCGAUAAGACAAGUCCCAGAUGGACCUUGGCUCGUCGGUUGUCUUCGAGGUCCCAGCGACCUGUCUGCCGGAGUCGCGCCCGAACAGCUUAAUUGCCGCCUUCCGGAAGCACGAAAACAUGAUUGCCGAGGCCGCUAUAAACGACGGCCCGAUACCAAGGGCACGGCCACAACCUCGAGGUUCCGGCUGGGUCUUCAAGCAGACGCGCAUCGCGCGAGAGUGGCUCCUGUUGCGAUACCAGCAGCAGAAGCGGCAAAAAGUCUCCCGUCAAGGCGGGGACGGUCUCAAGAUGCCGGCCAUCAAGUACAACGUGGACGACUGGGUUGAGGCCAACAAGACCUUUUUCGUGCCGCCUGUCUGCAACAAGAUGAUGCACCACCAGGGGCAGCUCAAGGUGUUCUACGUAGGAGGUCCAAACGUGAGGCGAGACUACCACAUCGAGGAAGGCGAGGAAUUCUUCUACAUGCUCCGCGGGGACAUGGUCCUCAAGGUGCUCGAGCGCGGACGUGCCAAGGACGUGGUCAUCCGGGAAGGGGAAGUGUUCCUGCUGCCCGGGCGCAUCGCCCACUCGCCCCAGAGGCUCGCGGACACCGUGGGACUCGUCGUGGAACGGGAACGUGCAAGCCACGAACAGGACUGUCUCAGGUUCUACACAGACGACACGUGCAGCCAGGUGCUGCACGAGCGGUGGGUGUACUGUAAGGACCUCUACCACGACCUGGUGCCCCUCAUCAACGAGUUCCUGGGAUCCGAGCAGUGUCGCACAAACCGGCCCGGACCCGGGUCCUUCCUGGGCAAGCCGGCCUACGACGAGAACACAGAAACCACGCUGUCGCCGCCCUUCAACUUGAACCAGUGGCUCCAGAGGCACGACAACCUCCUGAGCCAACCCAACGCUAAGAGGGACCUGUUUGAGGGCAAGCACCAGACAAAGGCCCUCGUCCUGGGUAAUGGGAGCCACGACUCCCAGUGCGAGAACACUGAGACGUUUCUCUGGCAGAGGGUCGGCUCUGCGAAGGUAGACGUCCAGGGCACCAAAUACGUGUUAGCUCCGAACGAGACUCUCCUGGUUCGCGAACCGGGCCUCUUCACGCUCAUCAACGAUGUACAGGGGCGCACCGUUGCCCUCAGCAUGCCACCUAAGUGAGACCGGCGACAAGACAGUGCAUAGCUUGCAAACUUCAGUGCAAACUCUUUGGUACCUGUCGGAGUUAGUCACUAUGCUUGUUAGUAACCGGUUAACCAAAGAAAGAACGCCCAGGACAAGCAGCGGUAGGAAAAGUAACGCCUUCAGUGGAAGGAGAGAAAAAGAAUCACUUAAACAUGACACAGCAGCGACGCCCUGGUCUGCGUGUUUUCUUCAUCUCCAUCAUCACAGCAGUAGAGGCAGUAUGUGACAUUGUGUGUAUUGUUUCUAUUAAAAGCUUCACUCUCUCA